GAGAUACAGUGUCUCUUUCUCCGACUAAAACAAGAGCAUUGUGCCUGUUUAUGAGACUUUACCUCCUCUGAAGUGCUGAAAUUUUUUCAUGUCAGUUUCAAUGGCCUUAAAACAUAAAGCAGACCUCACAUUCCUUAGGAUUCAGUUUUCUUUUGUUGACCUUAUCCCAUCAGGUACAUGAAUUUAACCACUGAUGAGGCCACCAGACAACAUUACACACAGAAUGAUGAAUUUAGAUCCUUUGUCUGAGGGAACUUCCUUUAGAAAAAGAUACAUACUUAACAGUAUGCAAAAGAGGGAUGCUGCCCUAGUGAAAAGAGCCCUUGUUCAAACCUUUUGGCCUCCUUUGAUGCUAAGACUGUCUGAAGUUGUCUAAUUGUUUUGUAGCUUAGAUAUCAUCCAGUGUGAGAGCAGAUAUUGAGUUUGCCUUUUGUUUUUGUUAUUUGACACAGUAUAGCUUAAAUGGAUAAUUCAGAAGGGCUGACUGCUGCUGUUUUAUUUUCUCACAUUUUUCUUUCAGUUCUCUAAAUGUGCAGAGAGAUCAGUCUAGGGUUUGGUGUUGCACAAGAACAGAUGGGUUCUCUGUAACUUUCCAUUGUAUGUACGCUUAGCUGUUUAUCUUCUCACACAUUAUUAGUGCUCACAUUUAUGCACAUUCACAUGCAUCAUGCACACCAAAACAAGCCAUUUAUGUAAAUCCUCAACAGUUGUAGCUGAGACUGAAUACACAAUAGAAGUUUAUCGCUGAUGUAUGCAUAUCAUACUCGUCACCAUCACAAGAAUUAUCUGAUUGUGUUCCUUCAAUUGAAACACCAGGAUUGUUACUGGCUGAACUCUUAUACAAGCACUUGGAAAUUAUUUAAAAGGGGCAUCUGGGAACUAUCAGCAUGUUUCUAAAUACAAGUAUUUAUAUCACAAUUCUCAUGCGCGACCAUGAGCCAGGUUUUAAGGAUUGGGAGACAAAUAUGGUCAGGGCUCAAGAAGUAUAUGAAGUGGAAAUCAGGCAAGAAUUCUGAAAAGGAAAUAACAGCAUGGACUGAGAAAGACUUUUUAAGGAAUAAGCUAUUGUUUGCUCUGGAUGGCUAAGGAAAUCUCUUCAAAGGGAAGCAGUUUCACAAAACUGUUUACUGUAUUGUUCUAUUUCUCGAGCGGUCUUGCAACAAUAUUUAUGGACCUCUGAUGUUUUUGUCUGGGUCUUGUCAUGCACUCAGGGUGACCAUACGUGGGCCACCAUGCUGGGGCAGACCGUGAGGCUUCAGCCGGUUUCCAUCCAAAGCCUCUCAGAGCUGGAAAGAGCACGUCUGCAGGAGGUGGCCCUUUACCACUUGGAAAGAAGAGACCUAGACUUUAAGAUCGGCAUCCCUAGAGAGAUUCGUAAGAGGAGGAAAUCACUACGGAGAAAGUUUGACUCCUUCUCAAAAGAAAAGAAAGAGCGUGAGUCUGCAGCCAAAGCAUUCGGUAUCCCGCUCUCCCAGGUCAUCGCAAACGACCGGGCAUUCAAGCAACGGCAGGAUGCCUUGAAAGAGAGCCGACGGGACUGUCUGGACCUGGAGGCCAGUGUUCUUCACUUCCGUGCCGAGAAAUGGCAGCACAAUGGAAACCUGCCGCUGGGCAAUACAGCCUUAUCACCUGAUGCUUCCUCCUCACCAGCACUGGAGGCCCACAGCAAACCUCCCUCAUCAGCGUUCAUGGACAACACCUCACGCACACACAGACGGGGAGGGAUGUCUGUGGACUCCAUCUCUGAUAUGGUUGAGAGUCAGUCCAGACUACUUGAAGCUCUGCAGCUCUCUCACCCUAAUGAGCUGGAGCUGAAAAAGGCUGCCGGUCGCACACAGGCCAAACUCAGUCUCAAUCCCAUCUACAGACAAGUUCCCCGAGCGGUAGAGCGCUGCUGUAAACACAUUGAGACCUACGGGUUACAAACUUUGGGGAUUUUCCGUGUAGGCAGCUCCAAAAAAAGAGUCCGUCAACUGCGUGAGGACUUUGACAUGGGGAUAGAUGUCGUGUUAGACGAAGAGCACAGCGUUCAUGACGUGGCUGCAUUACUGAAGGAGUUUCUGAGGGACAUGCCUGACCCCCUGUUACCACGAGAACUCUACCGGGCCUUCCUGCACGCUAACUUGUUGAGGGGGGCAGAUCAGUUGACAUACCUGCAGCAGUUGUUGUACCUGUUGCCGCCCUGUAACUGUGACACCCUGCUGAGGCUCUUGACGCUUCUUCAUACAGUACAGGAGAAUGCAAACAGCUCCACUGGACCAAACCAGCAGGAGAUCUCAGGUAAUAAGAUGACGGCAGCAAACCUGGCAGUGAUCUUUGGGCCCAAUCUCCUGCAGAAAGAGAGAGGAUCAGAGAGAGAGCUCAGCCCUCAAGCUCUGGGCAUAGAAGACAGCACUGCUGUCAUCUCCGUGACCCUGAUGCUCAUCCAGAACCACCAACAUCUCUUCACGGUGUCUGCUGAGCUGCAGCAGGAGGUGCUCAUGAGCCUCAUUCAGACGGACCCUGAUGUCAUUGACUAUCUGCUGCGCAGGAAACUCAGCAGUAGUAGCAGCCUGACGAUGGAGACGGACUCCGGUGGAAGGAGGGACACGCAGGCAUCUCUGGACUCUGUGGGUCUGUCCAGUGAUGACUUUUCAUCCCUGGAGCCGCUGUGUCCUCUUUACCCAGAGACAUCUGUGAUAGGAAGUCUGAGCAGUGAGGUCUUCCUCAAUAUUCUUCAUCUUAACACCAACAGGAAACGCUCCUCUGAGGUCCCACCCAAAUCCAUUGGUAAAAUGAGACAGUUUCAUUCCCACCACAACCUGAUGAGUCUGUCCCAGUCCUCUAAUGCCCAGAGUGAAGAACAAGAGCUCCAGGAGCAGAGGCAAGGCAGUUCAAGGCACACAUGCUCAGAGGAGCGCCUACAUAUCAGUCUGGGACGGCAGGACAGCGGUUCUCAACCACAGAGUCCUAGAGAGAGAGGCAUCUGGGUACGACAGAGCUCCAACGCCUCGUCCAUGACGUUAGAUGACAGCAAACCUCCAAGCAACUUCUGGGACUUUUUCACCGGCAAGAUACCUGUUGUCAGAAGAAGCCCUUCGCUGCAAAACUUCUUCAACGACCAUUCACAGUCUGAAAAAAAUUAAGUGAAAUGGAAGAUGUUUUUGGAAGAAUAAGAUAUUUUGAUAACUUUUAACCACUUGGAGAACAUGCUGUGAACUCAUGAUAUCCCUGAGCCACAAGGGGGUGAUAUUUACUGGUGUCAACAUAAAAUCU